AGUAUAUGGACCCUGUCACCUUACUUAUUUUUACUGGUUGCUGAAGGUCUAAAUGGCAUCAUUUCGCGGCAAUCAAUCAUGGACUUUUUGAAGGAAUCGAGAUUGGCAACAGGGGUAUGAUGGUAUCUCAUUUACAGUAUGCCGAUGAUUCAAUUCUGUUCAGUAAGGCCACGGAGAGUAACAUAUGGGCAGCAAAGAGCAUUAUGAGAAUCUUUGAGCUGGCAUUAGGACUAAAGAUCAAUUUCCAAAAAAGUCAACUCUUGGGAAUGAAUGUAUCGAAGGAAUGGUUAUCUAAAAUGUCAUAUAUCCUAAACUGUAAGAUUGGAAUAUUCCCUUGCAAGUAUCUGGGGGUACCAAUAGGAGGUAAUGCCAAAAGUAUCUCUAUGUGGAAGCCCUUGGUUAAGAGUUUUGAGAAGAAGUUGAGCUCAUGGAAAGGUCGGUUUCUCUCCCUCGGUGGAAGGAUUAUCCUCCUCAAUGCUGUGCUGUCCACUCUUCCAGUUUACACCAUGUCAGUACAUUUGCUACCAAAAGGUUUGAUUCUUUCACUCGAUAAAAUCCGUAGGAAUUUUCUUUGGGGAGGCGGUGAGGGGAAGAGAAAGGUUAAUUGGGUUUCAUGGGACAAUGUUUGUAAAAACAAGGCAUUAGGCGGGCUAGGAGUGAAAGACCUUAGAAAAUUCAAUCUUGCCUUAUUGGGGAAAUGGUGGAGUAGACUUGCAAGUGGGGAAGAAGGGUUAUUGUACAACAUCAUCAAUCAUAAGUAUGGGAGUCUAGAGAGUAGGUGGUGUGAAUGGGUACGGGAGUAUAGCCAAAAGAGUUCUUUAUGGUGGAGAAAUGUCUGUAGAAUCAAUCAAUUAGACACAAACAAUGAAGGAUGGCUAGUUGAGGGCUUUAAAUUAAAAUUAGGAGAGGGGAAUUCUGUCAUGUUUUGGAGGGAUACAUGGAUAGGGGUUCAAUCCCUUGCUGUCCGGUUUCCUAGACUUUUCCUGGUUUCAAUAGAUAAAGAGAAGAGGGUUUCACAAAUGGGUAAUUGGAUCGAUGAGCAGUGGCAAUGGACAUUAAAUUGGAGACGUCCGUUGUACGAGUAGGAGGAGGACAUCUAUGCUGAAUUGCAGACCUUACUCAAUCAAGUUCAACCAACCAA